CGCGCUGCUGCGCGCCAAACGAGUCGCGCCAGCUCGCUGGGCUGCGAUUUCAACGCAUAUUCUAGCGCCGAGGCAACCGCUGCGGUGGCGCGAUCGCUGCGAGGCGAGGACAACUCGACAAUGUCCUGCACGGGAGACCUGCUCUGCGUGCUGACCUACGGCGAUGGCUCCGCGGCGGACGCGAAAUUGGACAUAGCGAUCAACUACACGCUGCUGUUCGCCACGGCUGCGCUGUUCAUUUUUGGCGGUCCGCCGAAACGGCGUGCGGCGAUCCUCGCGUUCUUCGCCGCGUUUCAGCUCGGCUUAUGCUAUGUUAUUGGAUGUGCUGGAGUAUCGAUGAUAUGGUGUGCGUGCGCGGGCGGCGGUGCCUUGGACCACCACAGCGGCCGAAGACUCGUCGCGUUCCGCGUCGUCUCCGCGGCGGUCGUCGCGUCGCUCAUCUACUACGCCAUGGUUGCCGAGGCGAUCACGGACAUAGCGCAUGUCUGUGCGCUCACGAUGGGCUUCCUCGUCGUGCAGGCCGACGAAUUAUAUACGCGCCGGCUCGAGCGCGACGCGGACUACGAGACGCUACCGCCCGGGACGCCGCGAGCGCGGCUAUUGUGA